CGCUAACGGUCUCUCUUCUCGAGCCGUGCAAUUUGAAACCGGCUUGCCUCGAAAAGGGCGCGUAUAUUGCACCGCAAGAGCUCUCAAUCCGGAAUUGAGAAUUCGCCCUAGACAUGGCCCCUUCGAGAAAGGACGGAGCUGCCACAGUGCCGUCGCACGCCCCAGGACAACCGAGCACGAGACGGGCCGCGCACAAUGCUGAGAUUACGCCGCUCGUAGGGUUCGCUCUGAAGCGCCUGCGGAAACAAGACCACCAGGACUGGUGGUCAUGGAACAGCGAACAGGAGCGCAGCUCGAAGCGGCAGAAGAAGCCGGCCGGCGAGACCCAGUGCAGCGUUUGCGAAAAGCCCACGGCCACCAGGAGCGAAGAGGUGCACCACGCGAUGGACCACGCGUUCGAGCUCUCCUACCGCUGCGAGGAGUGCCACAGGAUGUUCGCGCGCAAAUUCGAGCUCGAGUGGCACCUGCGCCAGCACACGGGCGUGCGCCCCCUGCCGUGCGGCCUGUGCCCCGCGGAAUUCCUCAACGGGCGCCUGCUUACCGCACACCACACCAGGCACCACGGGCUGCGCUUCAAGUGGCACCGCUUCAAGACCAACUGAGCCGAACGCCUAGGCCUUUCUUUUGGGAGCGAACUGCGCUGAACGCGGCACGCUGAACGGGAGGACGUUAAUGGACACCGCGCAGCUUCGUCGCGACGUGUUAUGUCCCCUUAGCUACAUAGCACAGGUAAUCGAUGUCCUCGUAAUACACUCAGUGCUGGCUCCUGCAUUUAAAAAUCUUGCUUGCACUUGAGGGCUGCUUUCGUUCUGACAAGCACCAUGAAACGCAAAAUCGUAUUUACGUGGUUGUUUUCUCUUUCCUGUGUUUGGCACAGUUCGCUCUCAAAACAUCUAUAACGAGCUCAAUCACCAGGUGUAAUAGCUCAGUCUGUCAUAUUUGUUUUCUGCGUUAUCUUUCUUCGGCACAAGAAAGUACUUGGCAUUUUUUAUAGUUCUUUCGAUGUGUAUUUCGUACUCGAUUCCACUUUGUCGACUGAUUCGUUUUAAUAAAGUUCCAAAUGUUCUGAA